AGGACCCUGCACUACGUUAGGCGUUUAGCAAAUGCAGCCUCAAUUCUUGGUAUGCCACCAGCCUCAUCGGGUAUGUCUCUGGCAAGAUAUGAAAGCAAGUAGGACUCCUCAUGUCCUCCACGAUAGCUUUCCAUAGCACAUAGCACUUUCAAACCUACAAGGACCCAUUCAGACUUUCCCAGACCAGUGUGUGCAAGAUGAAUCAGCUAGUGGAUUGCUUCAAGCUUGCAAAGGAGUAUCCAAAAGCAACUGCCCUUCUCCAUCACCAGACGUACGACCAUUUUCUAGAGGCGCUGAAGAAGAGGCUAGACAGUCGCGAGGAGGAUCUGUUCUGUUCAGACGCAGACGCCAAUGUUCAUGGACUAAGGUGCAGGGAGUCUCAAAGCCCAUUUGUCCCCGGCUGUGUGAAAUCCUACGACGAUCUACGGACUUACUUUGGCUUCAAAGAAGGACAGCUGCAGUCUGAUGAGGACGCUCAGAGCCAAUUCAUUUUUAUCCAUGCACAGAAUUCUCGGGACAGACUACGGGUGACUAGGGAAAUGUUGAUGGCGCUGCUCACCUACUAUCAAGUCAUGCCGGCCUUUCUGGACUUUGUGUUCCCAUUUGGCAAGACAGCAGAUGCCAGAGACUUCUUCUACAGCGGCUUCAAACACGAAACGCGGCUCUCGAAGGCCGACAGAGGUCUGCGAGUGGACCCACUCAGUCGAAGUGGCCUCAGGUUGCAAGUCUCUUACAGCCUGUGGGCACCUGCUAAGACCAAUGCAUUCCAGAACUGGGAAUGGUCCGUACAGCCAAUGUCCAUCUAUCAUUCGUUUGACUUCGAAACGGGACGCAUGCUCUGGAUUCUAAUUAAAGGCGACCCUAAGAUCAAGGACCAGGUCGCUUCUGCCAUCGAGUCACCAAAUCAUCCACAGCUCCGCAGACUCGGCAGUAGGGAUGAACGUUUCGCGACAUCUCUUGCAACGCACGAAUCGUUUAAGGACUGGGUCGGUGAAAACUGGCUAUGGUAUGUCAAUUUUCUGGAGGAAAAGGUCCAGGAGAUCACAGAUCGCACAUUGAACGUCACCAUCAACAAAGAUUCUGUAGUUGCAGCUUUGCGUGCGUCUUCACAAGCGACAGGCGCAACCUCCCCAACAAUCGAGAGAAGUCAGACCUGGACAACAAUUCAGCGAGCGUUUACUUGGAGGAAAGAGGCACCGCCAAUAUUGCCAACAGCCCAGCCUCGUCCAGCACAGCCCCCUGUCGCUUCCCCAGCCAGGAAACUUCCUCGCAAGCUUCCACCCGGGGUAACUGCACAGCAACAAGAAAGGAAGCCGAACGCAGAUGAGUUCGACAUCGACGACAUCCGGAAAGUAGAGAGGGUUGAGGAACGGACGAAUGCUGCUCUUUUGAUUCUAAGGACACAGAUUAGUGUAAUGACUGGUCUUCUGGAACACUAUGGGACCAUACUCCACUCGAAAGACGCCCCGAAAGACAUGGCGAAAAAUUGCGAGGCGGCUCUCACCAAGUUCCAGAUCAGUAUCACUGGCGCGGUAUCAGAAAUGCAGUUGCACCAAUCUCGCCUGGAGACGCUGUCACGCCUGCUUGCGGAAAGAAAGACUCUUAUGAGCAGUAUAAUCGAGUAUCAAAGCAUGCAAGCCAGUAGCUGGCUGGCCGCUCAAGCCAAGGAAUCUUCCGAAAAAAUGGAAACUAUGACCCGACGAAUGGAACGGAUAGCGGAACAGACUCAAAAGGAGACCGUGUCCAUGAAAGUGAUCACGGUCAUUACGUUGAUAUUCUUACCAGGAACUUUCGUUUCGACCUUGAUGAGUACAGAUAUCGUGACCUUUCAAAAUCAGCCUGAACCGCUAAACCAUAAGGUGGUCUCGCUGGGCGCUCUACAUUUGUUUCUGGAAAUCAGUUUCAUUUUGAUGGCACUGACGGUCUUGAUGUGGGUGGUAACGAAUUUUGCUCUCAAUUGGUGGCAGAAGAGACAGUGGGACAAGGCUGAGGUCAAAGGAAAAGCGUCAGCAGCAUCACCGUAGGGAGGUGUGAUUAAUCAGGGUCGCAGCUUAAAACCUGCCAAUUCCCAGAUCAUGCGCGACUUCUGUUUCCGAAUCGAUCACAAGUCAUGAAUCGAAUGGUUGAUAGCUGAAAAAGCUGAACAGACAUCCCCUCCUUGUAGUUCAACUCGAGGGCAGAUUUUGGCUAGGGUACUCGCCUAAUUGAGUCAAACUUUGGCGGGGGACAGUGGGGCUGGGAAGUCUAAAUUCGCCACGAGGCAGCUGUGGCAGUACGAGUACAGUAGCGUCUACUGAUUAGCAACUCAGCAGGCAAAUUUCCCAAUGGACCUCGUAAUCCCAACGCGAGGUUGCGUUAGCGUGGGCGCCUCUCUUCGAUGCGAACGAUGCCUGGGCAGCCUGAGAAAGCAGUGCGCACAUGAGAAACUUUGUGCAAGCUUUUGGUCUUAAGAUCCCCCGG